ACCAACUCCGCCACGUAACGCGCAACCGCAAAAAAACCAAAAUACUGCGACACUGCGCAUGUGCAGCAUCAGCUCCCCAAGAAGGGCGGGUCGUGCCAGGCGAGGGUGGCGAAGUGCGCACGCGCCCUAGGGACGUGGUACACUGCGCAUGUGCGAGGAGGGGGUGGCGGGGCGGGAGGCGCCGCUGUUGCUGCUGGGCCCGGUCCCCUCCUCAGCGCGAUGAGUGACGGGUUCCGGAAGGCGGAGUCGGGCUCUCAGCUACUUGCACGACUUGAGGGCAGAAGUUCUCUGAAAAAUCUUGAACCUUGUCUGUUUGCAGAUGAAGGAUUUCCCAUUCAUGGAGAUGUUGUUGAAUUCCAUGGUCCAGAAGGAACAGGAAAAACAGAAAUGCUUUAUCACCUGAUAGCCCGCUGUGUCCUUCCAAAAUCGGGAGGAGGACUGGAAGUAGAAGUCAUGUUCAUUGAUACAGACUACCAUUUUGAUAUGCUUCGCCUAGUUACCAUUCUUGAACACAGACUGUCCCAAAGCACAGAAGAAAUGAUCAAACAGUGCCUUGGAAGGCUUUUCCUGGUUAAUUGCAGUAGCAGCACCCAGUUGCUUCUCACUCUUUACUCUCUAGAAAACAAGUUUUUUGCUCACCCUUCUCUCUGCAUUGUGAUUUUAGAUAGUAUAUCAGCUUUUUAUUGGAUAGAUAGAAGCAAUGGAGGCGAGAGCUUUAACAUUCAGGAGAUGAAUCUGAAGAGAUGUGCUGAAUUUCUUGAGAAGCUAGUAAGAGAGCAUCAUUUGGCCCUGUUUGCAACAACACAAACGAUUAUGCAGAAAUCUUCAAACUCCACAGAAAGCUCCAUUCAUUUAAAACUUCACUGUGAAGCUGAUGUAGAGUAUAGGCCUUAUCUUUGUAAAUCAUGGCAACAAAUGGUAACACACAGAAUAUUUUUCUCUAAGCAAUGUAAUUUUAACAGUAGCAAAACUUUUUCGAUUGUUUCUUGUCACACCAAAAAAAACCAUGUCAUAAAAUGUUCAUUCAGUGUUGCAGAAUGUGGAGUUCAGUUUUAACUUCAGUCUGUCUCUAAAACUGUAGUAAAUCUUGGCACAUCACAGUCUAAUUAACUUUAAGUAGUUUUAAAAAAAAUCUUUUAACCUAUUUUAUCUCAGAUUGUUAAUUAAUUUUGUCACCCACAUUUAAACGUCUUAAACUCAGUAAAGGGCAGAGGAGUUUAAA